CGCCCCACGUCCGCAGCCCCAGCCCCACGAGUCCCUGCCCCGGAGGCGUUCCACCGCCCCCAGGAAGCCCUGAGCCCCUGAAGGCGGCUGGGCAGCUCCUGGGGACAGUGUGCGUGGACCGCGCCAGCUAGGGAGACGCCGGCAGGACCAGGAGCGGCUCGCCCAGGGGUGGCCACACAGGCUGGGCUAACCCGAGGGGCCUGUGGUGGCCACCUCCCACUAGGGCCGCACGGGCAUCCCACAGUCCAGAGAUAGUGAGCUGCCGCAGCACAGCUUCGCAGCAGCUGCCCUCCAGCUGUACACCUGGACUCGCCUGAGGCACUGGCAUGGAGCCUGAGAGCAGCCCCCUGACCACACACGUGCUAGAUACUGCGUCUGGGCUCCCAGCCCGCGGCCUGCGCCUCCACUUGUCUCGGCUUGAGGACCUCAGCCAGCAGUGGACAGAACUGAAGAAAAGCUACACAGACCUGGACGGCCGCUGCCCUGGGCUCCUGAGGCCAGGCCAGAUGAAGCCUGGCACCUAUAAGCUGUCCUUCGAAACCCAGGGCUACUGGAAGGAGAGGGGGCAGGAGAGCUUCUAUCCAUACAUAGAGGUUGUCUUCACCAUCACAAAGGAGACCCAGAAGUUCCAUGUGCCUCUGCUGCUGAGCCCGUGGUCCUACACCACCUACAGAGGGAGCUAGAGCCCAGCCUGGCUAGAGGAGCUAUUUACCUAUCCUUGCUCUGGCUGGGCUGCCUGCCCAGCCACACUCAGUGGUCACCCACUUCCUUGGGGAGGUUCUGGCCCCCCUCUGGAGUUUCUCAAUGGGCAGCUGUGACUUGGGUCAAUAAAAUCAGUGCUACAUCUGCAGAGCUA